AUGGUGCUGGAACUUCACGUCUGGGGACCGGCAUUCUCCCUGCCGUCGAUUGACGCUCAAUGUCUCGCUACAAUUGCCUAUUUGGCCAAGACAGUCCCCAAGGAUAAAUGGGUGUUGGUUGCGUCGAGCGAUCCUUCCGUGUCGCCGACUAAUGAACUGCCAGCCUUAAAAGACGGACAGACUUGGGUCUCCAAGUUUCGGAAUAUAGUCGAUUAUGUACGUCAGUAUUCUAGCGAGGAGUGGGAUCUUGAUGCGGAUUGGGAUGGAUUGGAUAAAGCGGACAUUACAGCAUUCUCCGCCUUCCUCGAAUCCAAUGGCCAACUCCUCCUCGAUCUAUCCCUCUACGUCUCUAGCCAAAACUACUACGCCGCCACAUCGCCCGCCUACGGUUCCAUACUAACCUGGCCAAAUCAAUGGAUCCUUCCCCCGAAACUACGCAAUGCCGCCAAACAUCGCACAGAACAUCUGGGACUCUCAUCGCUCGAUCUAGAAGCUACGGAAGAACAACAACGGGAGCGCGAACGGGCAGCAGCCGGUGUUUCCGCAGGACAGAUCCCUGCAAGUCUGAUUACGCGACCUCGCGAGACCGUUUCGACGUUACUGGGGAAGACGGCGCACUCUAGUCAGUUCCGGCUGGAAGGGUUGACGGCGGAGUUGUUUGAGCCGCUGGAGCAACUGUUGGGCUCAAAGAAGUAUCUACUGGCUGAUGGUCAGCAGCCAUCAAGUCUUGAUGUGUUGGUGUUGGGAUAUUUGUCGCUGGCUUUGUUCCCAGAGGUGCCUUAUACAUGGCUUCGGGAGUCGCUUCGGACGAAGACUCCUCGGUUGGCAAAGUACGUGGAACGCAUGCGCGAUGAGUGUUUCGGUGGUGCUGUACGAUUUGAAGAGGCCUUCCCGGGUACAGCUAAGGUGAAGACCAAGUCCUUUCUUCCAUGGAAGCAGCCCGAGAGGAUCAACGCGGUCAAGAUUGGCAACACACUUCUCAACACUCUUGCGGAUGCUACUCCAAUAUUGAAAGAUUUCCGUAUGAACAGUCGAUUACAACAGACCGCCAAAUCACUGGGCGGCUCAUCAAAGGAAGACUUCGACAGCAAAAGCGCGGAAGCUGUGUCGGUUUACGCGGAUGCGCAACGCCGCGAUUUAUAUAUUUCCAUUGCUUCUGUAGCUGCUGGGUUGGCGGCUAUGGUUGGGUACUUGACGUACAACGGAGUCAUCGGUUUUGGCAGCGACGAAGACUAUGAAGAGGAUGAACCCGAGAGUUUGGAUGGGAUUGUUGCUCCUACGGUAGAGAGUCUGUUUGGCUGA